CCUCUCUCUCCUCCCCCGGCGUCGUUGGAGCAGCUCGGCCGCCUGCAAUCCAACAUGGAGUAGUGAGAGAUGGGGCUCUAGCGGGGCCACCCCUCGGCAACAGCAGCGAAGACGCGCUUUUUUUACGCACAACUGGAAGCGGAGUCGUCGGUGAAAACAUGCGCCUUAGGACUUAAAAAAAAAAAAAAAAGCGGAGCGUGUGUGAGGGGAGUGUGUGUGUGUGUGUUUGGGGAAGGUGGGGGGGUUGGAGAGAAUCAAGAGCUGAAUUCGGCAGCCAAAAAUUACCAGUGCAGCCUGCGUUUAUCCACUGGUUGGGUAUUAGAAGUUCCAGGCUGAGGAGAGGAGGUCCUGUGUUUUUUUUUUUUUUUUAUGUUUUUUUGGCGAUCCAGAAGAAAACAGUGUGGCUUCAGGAGAGGAGAAGAGAGAAUUUCAGAAAAAAAAAAGGCUGUCGAGGGCAAAGCCUUGAGAGCCGACACUCGCACAAAGGCGCAGGGGGGAUUUAUGCGGAAUUGGACACAGCAUCGGAGGUGAAAGAAUGACGAGUGAAAAGUAUGCAACCGCCGUGGUACAUUACCUGAGGUGAAACGAGGGGAAAAAUGAUAGAGGAAACACACCCAAACGAUGACAGCUACAUCGUGCGUGUUAAAGCGGUGGUGAUGACGCGGGACGACUCAAGCGGCGGCUGGCUGGCUCAGGAUGGGGGAGCCCUCACCCGGGUGGGUGUUUGUCGCCUCCUUCCCACCGAGCUGACCCAUCUUCCGGGCUCCAGCAGUUCCCAGUUUGUCAUCCGGGGAGAACGGCUGCGUGACAAACAGGUGAUCCUGGACUGUCCGGUGAGGAAGGAUAUAGUGUACACCAUCGCGAUGCCGACAUUUCACCAUUGGAAGGUAGAGGACAGGAGGUGCGGCCUGUCCUUUCAGUGUCCGGCUGAUGCAAGAGCUUUCGACAGGGGGCUGCGGAAAGCAAUCGACGACUUGGCUGAAGGUUCCACAACCUCCUCUACAGCACUCCAGAAUGAGGGAGAACUGGGGGAUGACGACGUGUUCACUAACGCCACGGACAGCUCGUCCAACUCCUCUCAAAAAUUGGACGGCUCCCUGCCGCCGCUCGAGUCCUCGCCCCUUCCUCAGAGACACAAGUGCACGCCUGGACAUCGCCAUGACCUGCAUGACUCCUACCGCCUCACAGACCACUACUACUUGGACCAGCCGUUGCCUCGGAUUCCUCGACACGUCACCUUUGAGGAUGAGGAAAUUGUCCGGAUCAACCCCCGGGAACGCAGCUGGGAGCGAAGCACAGAACGUUACCUUGGACGGCAGGCGGACCGCUCCUGGCCCACGGGCUACGAGGACUACCGUCAAGCGACGGUGCGGGACAGAUUCAUCCACUCGGAUGACUCGGAGUCCUAUGUACACUUUGACAAGACGGAGGCGCAGAAGCACGACUAUACCUACCCGCUGGCACCCGCUCUGUCGCCCUCAGACUCUGACCCGGCCCUGGGAUCCUUGACCCCUAAGGGUCAGGCCGGCUCGUACCACCCGCCUUUCUCCUCGGUCGUCUCCAACCAGCCUCGCUCGUUUUUCACCGGCUCCUCCCCGUCCUCCAAAGACAGGAAGGGGCGGAAGGACAACGGGUUAGAGCGUGCUCAGUGCGAGCACUGCGGCGAGGCCUUUUACCUUUCUGACAACCGGAGAGGACGGUGCCAGGAUGCUCCGGACCCCUUGCGAGCGUGCAUCCGACGGGUCAGCUGCAUGUGGCUGGCAGACACCAUGCUCUAUCACUGCAUGUCCGACCCAGAGGGCGAGUACUCGGACCCGUGCUCCUGCGACGGGGGCGAGGGCAGCGGCGGGGGCCGCGUGGGCACGCGCUGGUUGGCGUUGCUCGGCCUGUCGGCGGUGGCGCCCUGCCUCUGCCUCUACCCGCCCCUCCACGCCUGCCACCGAGCGGGGCUCGCCUGCGGCUGCUGCGGAGGCCGACACAAGGCCCAGAGCUGAGAUGCCGUACUUGGAAUCAUCUCAGAGGAGACUACAGAAACAAAACAAAAAAAACACCUUAACCCAAUGCAAGCACAGGGAAAAGGAGGGAUGGGGAAAACGCUCAAAGAGGAGGGACAAGUAGUCACAGCUGCUCGCUCUCUCUUGCCUUGGUUUUUCUGGGUUUCUCUACAAAUUCCAGACACUGAAAUAAGCCAAAUAAGAAAAAAAAAAAAAACAGUUGGUGCAUUUUGUGAACAGCCUGGGAAGAUAAGCUCCCCCUUAUGGCAGACAGUUCUCUCAGCUCUCCAUGUGGCCAUUUCAUGCUCUGUUUCUGAAGAGGGAGCAGUCUUUUUCAGGGGGCCUUUUUUUAUAGCCAACCUAUACGUCAUGUAUCACAUAUGCAGGUACUUUAUAUUGUUGUAUUUGUACAGUAACUCGGCCUCAAAGAACUUGAACUCUUUGUUGUAUUUUUUUUUCUCCUUCCUUUCCUUUAAUGUCUCUGUGGCCAUAUUGUUGAUUUUCUAUUUAAACACCAGGCCCUCUCAGUUCAACAGAAAUCAGACACUACACCUCUUUGGGAGUGUGUGUGCGUGUGCGUGUGUGUUUCUGUGUGUGUGUGUGUUUGUUGAGGCCUUUUGUUGUCUGUACUGCAGCUUGUAGUAAAGCUAAUGUAUAUAUUCUACAUAGUUCUCACCAGACAUCUUUGCUCACUCAAACAAAUGUGGUACUCAUCUUAAAGGGAUAGCUUGGAGAUUUAAAGCGAGAUCCCGUGUAGUUCUCAGUAAGGGCUCCGUCGCUUGUCAGCAGACGGAUGUCGUAUCGCAGCCAGUUUGUAGAAACGUCAAUAAAUCCUCCGGAUGGACUCCCCAGGUUUCAGCUGAUUGUGGCACUUUAACCCAAACAUGCUUGUUUUGUAGGGAAAACCGCGCUACAGGGGUCGAUAUCGACCGUCUGCUGCAGUGGGCCGUUGCGCGGCUCGCCGCCGUCUUCCUCGGCCGAGCAACGUCAACGUUGCUAGUGAGUUAUGGUAGCUGAAGCUGAUUGUCAGGACGAUUUCCAAACGACUGGAAAAGGCCAGGAAUGCAGCAUCCCUCAAUGCUGUUGCACAAAAUCCGAACGUUUCCUCCCCUGUCAGGGCAGGCUGACAUGACGCAGCUGUAGCGUUAUGGAGCCUUGGACAUCAGACUUCUCGUAUACGUACGCAUACACAGAUGGACACAAAUGCACGCGUCGCUCUGACCACGAAGGCCUUCAUACUGACAGUAGAGUAAGCUGAAGUACAUAUUUCAUCCUGCAGACGAUGUCCAUGUGCAGCGUUUACGACCCUGAAGCUGACAGGAAACUAUUUAGAUGCAUUUCAAUGCAAGUCAAAUAAUGCUCGUUAAAGUAAUGUUCUUUUUUUUUGGUAGUUUAAAACUUGCUAAGCUUUUGAAAUGAAUGUGUUUGAUUAUAACCGUACUCUCCGAGACCUUAGACUAGACCUGUGCUCCCAACUGGUGACGUAUCUCUGUUACGAAAACUCUUUGCCCCAUAACGGAAACGUUAGGGUUAGAAAUCACGGUAGAGCCGUGCUUUUUCUUUAACACCCAUCUAAUGCGAAUUGGCACACUGUCCAAACUUCACCUCCGUGAGAUUAUGAGCUCUCCUUGUCGAUUCACGCUAAGAGACGGAACCAGAACCAAGACUGGAGCCCGGUCGGAGUCACAGUCAAGCCUGGUUCCCACCUGUUAAGAUUGGGAUAACUAACUGGUUUUGGUCUGAGAGACGUCUAAUUUGGUCUAUUUGGUUUCAGUCCACUUAACUUCAUGAAGUAGCACGCGUGUUCGGCUGUGGAAAACGGCAGCGACGGUGUCUGGUUCAUGCUUAAGAGUUUAAUACGGCAUCAGUUAGCAUCGGCUAAAGCUAAAUCAGCUGGCCAUUAGAGGUCCAGCGCUCUGAGGAUUUUCUUUCCGUUUUCCACAAACUCGCUGCGACGUGAGAUCUUUCUGUCACAGGUAUAGGAACUGUUAGUGAUAAUAACUUUACCGAAUCUCACUUCAGCAAAUCCGAUCUAUCCCUUUACUACUCUUAUGAUAUUCCAAAGAUUAGUGAUUUUUAUUUUGUUUUUUUUAUCCUAUUUAUUUUCUCCUCAGCCACCCUUAAGAGUGUGAUUUGACUUUGCCUGAAGUAAUGCUAUGGUAAUCUAGCAUCCCUGCACCCCUCCCUCUCAUUACCUUCAAACAGUGCCUAGAAAGUCUCAUAACUGGAUCACCCAGAGUCUUACGAUUCCAGUCCGAUUUGGGGUCAUUUCACUCAGCAAAGCAAGAACCUCCAUCCAGAAGUCAGAAGGGUUUUCUUGUCCAAGGCGGAAAUAAUCAGUCACCCACCGUUUAAGAAUUAGUGCCCGUUUGCCUUAAGAUGUGGAGUCUCGGGUCUAAACUUCACGUCUCUCCUUAAAGAUGUCUGCAACAAUCCAACCACUCAACUCAACACGAUUUGAAUUAUUUUUGUAUCAAGAAGGAAAUUUAAAAAGACAAAAAGGUUCUCACUGCGUAUGGACUGUAGUUCGCCUGCGAUGUACAAUCACCAGCCGCUUGUUUUUUUUUCUUCUUCUUUCUUUUAAGCAUCAAAACCCCCUCUCUUUCUCGCUGGUCACACACAGAGCAUUACGGGCCUGACUAAAAGAGGUCUAGAUCAAUGGUUCCCAAACAUUUUUGCCUCUAUCUUACCAAAACUGCAGCGGAGGAGACUCGUGACUGGACAUGGGCCGGUAUGAGACUUCCUGCAAGGAGAACACUGAGAAGUAUCGCUAUAUUAUCACUAAAAUUAAGCCAAAAAUAUAAACGUGCUCCAGUAUGACCAAUAGUCAUACUGGAGCUUAAAUCAAAUAGCUUGUUGAUUUUAUGUUUGUUUUUUUAAUACAAAGACUUGAGCAUAGAAAUUUAAAACAAAUACCCUCUAAAUUUAGUAGUAGUUUCAAAGCAAACAUGCUUAAGGUCGUGCUCUUCCUUGAGUUACGCCAGUAGAGUGAGCUGGUAUUAGCUGGUUAACUGGGCAGCUAGUUUCUCCACCAUGGAUGCCUGUGUUCUCUGUGACUGGAGAUAUUACCUGACUGCGUGUGGUCGCUUGCUUUCAGCCAGCUGACUUGCAGCGCUUACAGUCUCAUACAAUUGUAUUCACUCUGGCUUUUUCUCUGGCAUCUCAGUAAAAGGACUUUGACCUGUGUAAAAAAAAAAAAAACAAGUACUGCAAAUACUUUUUAAACUGUAACGUUUUAAAUGCCUCCCAGUGACCCACGGGCGCGGCUGAAUAGACCAACGGGUCCAGUCAUUUGGUAAAAUGACAGCAGGAACAGAAUGCCCCCAAUAUAUUUAUUUUAUCUCUUUCUGUAUUAUUUUAUUCUAAGACUUGCACCAUAAACACGCUUUGCAAAUCUUUUUCCAGAUUUUAUUUGACUAGUAGAGCAGAUCACACGAACCUACAUUCGCUGAUUCUCAACCUCAACUUUUCUUGUGAGUCGCUGGUCUAGUUCGAAACCCUCUAAGACACAAAAUGUCUGUCGGUGCCGUUCUAAGACAGUGAUCAUAAAGAAUUUGGGUCAUGUUUUAUGCCGGUUGUGCAUUCGAAAUGUCCCAUUUAUGAUGCCCACAGGCUUUUCCGUGGUCGGGCUUGUCAGAUGCCGUAGAGAGGUGGCUGUUUCGGAAACAUGAGCAACGUCUUCUCUGACUAUUUAUAAGCAACAGAUUCCAUGCAUCGGUGGCGUAAAGGCUCAUUAAAAUCAGCCUAUUUUUGCUAAAUCUACACACAAAAAAAGCAAAGUGUGAAUGUUUUAUAGAAUUCUACCAUUUGUUACAAAGGCAAGAUAACUACCAGGGGCCUCAAAAAGAUAUGUAAACUACAUCGGUGUCGAUCUUUGUCGUUUUUAUUUAACCUUAGGCCGAAUCAAAAUAAUUGCCCUUACUUGUAAAGUGACCUAAUUUAUUGCAGAAAAUCAGACUAUCCCCGUCAUGCUUUAAAAGUUGUGAUUGGGAACAUGAGCAACAAACUUGCUGAAUCGACAUGUGACCGUUGUGUGCUAUUCAUCUCUGCCCUAAUGCAACCCGCCCCCUGCAUGCAAGGUCUGGGCUCAGCAGCCGAGGCGCAGAGUAAAGUCAGGACGCCUCGGCUGGACUGGGAAAGAAAUGGUUAAAUGCUCUGAAGCGGGAGGGGGGGGGGGGGCUUCGAUUUUACAGCAAAUGCAAAAAAGAAAGAAAAAAAAAGCAGGAACGUUGUCCCACCUGCUGUUUUACUGUCUCUUCAGCCUUUGGCCUCUGUGAUGGCAGCGUCUGGAACGUGAUGGCGAACACAAUAAGCUGUUUAGACAUGAAACGAGGCAGGAUGUCAGUAAGAAUCCCUCAGAGAGCAAAAAAAAAAGUGUAAAAGAGUCAUCUGAACUUUUAAAAACACGCAUUGGGCCCUCAUUGUUUUGCCAAGGAAAUGUCCUUUUACUGUAGCUGAAAAAUCCAGAGUGUUUAAGGAUGUCCUCCCCUCCCCCCCACCCCCGCUGGUUGUAUCUUUUUGAUACAUCCUGUCCCCUGUACCGGCCUGUAUGUCAUUGUAUGAGUGCUUGUGUGCGUAGACGUGGCAUCCUCUCCAGCCUCUCCAUCCUGCUCCUUGAUCCAAAGCUACUGGGAUCAGCUCUCACUCACAUACUGGCUCCGUUCUUCUAAACUUGCAUCCAUGAAGGGUGAUGCAUCAGGGACUGGGCCAAUCCGUUCAGAAAGUGUCUGUGUUUUAUCCUUCUUUUUUUCUUUUUCUUUGUUUUUUUUUUUUACAUUGAUCUCACAUGUCAGAGCCAUUUACAAAGUGCCUGAACACAUCCUCCUAUCUCCUUGCGUAUUUAAAUUGAAAACAAAAAAAGAAUUGGAUAAAUCACUCUACUGAAUUGGAUCCUUUUUUUUUUAUUUUACACUUAGUAUUUUUACCUCCUGUAAAAAAAAAAAAAAAAUACGAGCAAAAAUUAUAUUAUAUAUAUCAAUUGUAUGUUGUACAUUUUUAUUUCUAUAUUUGUUUUUUUAAGUAACUGUUUCUAACAUGUACGAUGGAUGUAGCUCUUGCUUUUGAGAAGGACGAGGAAGUACUUUGUAGAUACUAAAGAGUGGCCAGGGUCUGUGAGAAAAUCAAGUUGAAAUGUGUGUCUUACCUUCUGCCUCUAAUAAAACGAGAGACGACAGAGGAAAACCCA